UUACGGUACUACGUGACCUAUUUUUUUCUGAUCAUUAUUCUGGACUAAUGCUACGCAGCUCGAUGAGGUUCGGCUACCUCCAGGCUUUUCGAUGACACACCAGGCCACAUUUAUUCCUCUGCUACGCGCGCUACUUAUCCUUAUCCCUCUACAUGCCGCCAGUGGUGCUCCCACUCCCUCACCGGGUUCAUGUCUACAUACGCUCCCUGGUCGCCUUUCCUCACUCUUCCGCCACUCUCAACCAAACACUAAUGGAGCAACCGCACUCCAGCAAUGCCCAAAACGAAGCUACUUUCUCCCUUUGUGGCCCUCUUGUUGUCGAUGUUGCUGCAAUACGGGACAAACAGGCAUUGUUUGUUGCUCGGCGGCCAGGAACGAGAUCAUUACAAGGCGAAACAAGCACAGCUGAACCAAGGCCAAUCACAACGCCCAGCCCAGCCAUCGACAUCACAAACUCAGCCUGCUGCUGCGACACCUCCUGAUUCUGCUACUAGUACUACUAUACCGGGUGCAGGCAAGCGCGCAGUCACGACCCCUCCCUGCUGUGGGCUCGUUUUGUGCUCUCGCUUCACUGUGCAUCUCCUCCACACGCCCAUGGUCAUUGAUACAUAUCCAGCAUAAUAUUUUAUCUUUGCUUCUGGUUCUUCUGUACUGUUAU